UCCUAAAGAACGUAUUGUGCGCUACUUACGUUGUUGCCAAUGAACACCGAUGUUUUCUGAACGUAACUGGGGAAGCACUCCCAUUGUUGUCAUCAAGGGUCUUUUGGAAGACGAAAAUGGCAAGUACACGGAUUUCAGAGCAACUACCCCCAAUGUUAGACCCAACAAAAGCACCGGUAGCUUUUGGCAAUCGGGCACUUCCUCGGUUGUCCAUGGAGCUGCAGGACCCUGACCUCUACACACGCCAGAGGGCGCUCGCUGCUCUCUGUGCUCUCGUCCACAACCCUGAGCGAGCUUAUGAGGCAGUCGAAAAGGGUAUUCUGGAAAGACUAAAGGUUCUUCUGAAGGAUAAGGAUUCAUAUGUGAGGACUAAAACCACAGAGGUAAUAUACCUCAUGGUGACGCACAAUGUAGGCAGGGAUGCCUUCCUGAAAUAUGACAUGGUGGGUCCACUGUCUGAAUUGCUCAACGAGCCAGUGGAUGUUUGCAGAAUAAAUGUGCAUCGGGCCCUUAAAAUGCUUGCACAGUUCCCUGCAGGUGCGACGUGCAUCGUGGGCCAGGGCCUGGUGACCCAGCUGGUGACCAAGGUGCCCAUGGAGGAGGAGGAGAUCCGGGCCAUCCUGCUGGAGACCCUCAGCUGCCUGGUGCGGGUGGACGCCAUGCCCGCCCUCCACAGUGACGGGGUGGCCACGCUCAAGGAGCAGCUCCAGAGCCUCUCGCUGCCCAUACGCAGGGCCGCUGCCAGCGCCAUGUUGGGCAUCAGUGUUCCAACGGAUGGGAAGCAGCGAGUGUGUGAUGAGGGGGUCUUGCCCAUCCUGGUGGAUCUGCUGUCUGAUGAUGAUGCAGAGGUCUGGGCCAGCGCGGCGGGAACCAUCAUGAACACGGCAGUCAUCACUAAAGGCAAGUACGAGGCCCUGAAGGCAGGUGCCAUCCCGGCUCUGCUGCACCUGGUGCAGUGCGAGGAGAGGGCGGUGUGCGUCAACGCCCUGCGUGCCCUCACCUGCCUGGCGGAGGCGCCGGUGGCCCGCGUGGAGCUCAUGGAGCACCUCCCCCUGCUGCGCAUCUGCCUCUCCCACAAGGAGCCCAUCAUCCAGCGCGCCGCCGACACCGCCAUACGCGUCAUCUCCUGGAAACCCUGAGGAGAAGGGGAUGGCUGGAGGAUCAUGGGGCAGGGAGAGAGAAGAAGAAGAGAGAGGCAAGGUGGAUGUGGAGAGGUGGGGAGGGAGAGAAAGAGAGAGAGGUGGGAGGUUGU